UUUUGACUACCUAACGUUAAGGAACGCUCUAGACUUACGAUACGUUUGCGAAGUCCUUAUCUAAGAAUCUAUUAAGAUUUGUAAUCUCUAAUGAUUGUUGCAAUAAAUAACGCAAAUCUAUUUUAUGAAAGUUCAUUGAUCUCAUAAAUUAGAUGGAAGCUGGUUUAUAUCAAAUUAAUGAGAACGCAAUGGAAAAUGAAAUAGGAAACAUUUCUGCAAGCAUGAGCGAAGAAAGAGUUUCCAGUACUGAGUUACUUGGAAUUGAUGAAGUUAAUGGAAAUACUGGUUCCAUCAGCAAUCCCCAUUAUACUAAAAUGACAGACUUAAUGUACUAUGGUAAUAAUAAGCGCAAAGCAGAAGCAUAUGAAGACCAUACAUCUUCUUCCGAUGAUGAUGCAGAUAAUCAUCACUUUAGUAAUAUAUUAAGUCAUAGCCAAAUGUCAAGUAUUGAUGGUCUUGAUGGAAGUAAACCCAGUCAUGCUAAUAAACAACGGAAGCUAAAUGAUGAAAAUAAAAGCAAGACUAAUGAUGUAUCCUUCAUUGAGAAGACUCAGCGUAUGAUGGAAAAAAUGGGGUAUCAUCCAGGAACAGGUCUUGGUAAACACAGUCAAGGUCGGGUAGAACCGAUAGAACCAUUCAUGCAAUAUGGUCGAAGAGGAUUUGGCCAUUCUGCACCAAACCUUAAAGAGGCGAGCCUCAAGUGGGUUCCUCAGGAUGAAGUAAUAGAAGUAAUUGAAGACAUGGAAUGGAUAAUGAACAAUUAUCCUGUGUUGAGGAAGACGCACAUUGAAAAUUGGUUAGUAUUAGGACCUAAAAAGGAAAUCAUAGACGAUGAGACUACUUUCUGUGACCCAGAGAUAAUGGCACAGCUCAUCAAUUCGAAAUCAAUGUUUGAUGGUUUAAACAAGGUUGAAAUGCGAAAGGCAAGAACUCGUUCAAAUGCUUACGAAACCAUCCGCACCGCAGGUUUCCUAAAUCGUGCAGCUGUUAAGAUGGCGAACAUAAAUAAAGCGUGCAAUUUUAUGUUCACUGAUGGAGUAGAUAUGAAGGACGAGCUGUUAUACUUUGCAGAUGUAUGCGCUGGCCCUGGUGGUUUUAGCGAAUAUAUUUUGUCAAGAAAGAAGUGGCAUGCUAAAGGAUUUGGAUUUACUCUGAAAAAUGAAAAUGACUUUAAAUUAGACGAGUUUUUCGCCGGACCAUGCGAGACUUUCCAUCCAUUUUAUGGAUCUAAAGAUAAUGGUGAUGUGUAUGAUCCAAAGAAUCAGAUAGAGUUCAGAGACUUAAUCAUGAAACACACAUAUGGAAAAGGAGUACAUUUUAUGAUGUCAGAUGGAGGUUUCUCUGUGGAAGGCAAAGAAAAUAUACAGGAGAUUUUAUCAAAGCGGCUCUAUCUAUGCCAAUGUUUGAUAGCACUCAUGAUAGUGAGAACAGGUGGACAUUUUGUAACAAAGUUAUUCGAUCUGUUCACGCCGUUUAGUGUUGGACUAGUUUACUUGAUGUACAGAUGUUUCGACAGUGUCUGUAUUUUCAAGCCCAACAGUUCUAGACCAGCUAAUUCUGAACGCUAUUUAAUAUGCAAGGGAAAAAAGGAAGAUACAGAAGAAGUAAUGCGUUAUUUAUUUGAUGCUAACCUUAUGAUGUCACAUAUCUCAAAGCAAGAGAAGGACAACGAUGUGACCCAAUUGGUACCGCUUAGCGAGCUAGAAGCAAACGAGUCGUUCAUAAAAUAUCUGAGAAACUCGAACGACACCCUGGGAAAGAAGCAAAUAGUAAAUCUCUUAAAAAUCGCAGCUUUCUGCGAAGACACGUUACUAAUCGAACCAAAGCAAGCAGAUAUGCGAAAAAUGUGUCUGCAACAUUGGAAUUUACCCGACAAGAGUCGUGUGAGACCGUAUAACGUCAAGCCGCAAGAUAAGGUACGAGAAAUCUUAAAUAAUUCUGCAGAUUUCAUCGGGCACGAUGCGCAGAAACUGACCAAAGAAAUAGUAAAUGUCACAAUAUUCAAUAAACCAUACGAUUGGUAUUGUAUACCAUGCGGUUCUGGACAAUACGUUGAUGAAGAUAAAGCAGCGACGUUUUAUCUGGGCCUGGGCAGGAGGAGAGUAUAUCGUUACGUGAAGGGCAAAUGGGAAUCUAUCGGGGACGUGAAAUUGGAAUUACCGCCCAAUACUCUCGUAUAUGCUGAAUUGGUGUACGAAUCGAAAUGGACAGGAAAAUACUUCACCAAGUCUCGUGCGCUGCACAUCUUAGAUGCUUAUAUGCUCGGUGGUGAGGAUGUAAGCACGAAAUAUAUAACUCACAGGCAUAAACUCACAAAGAAAUUUUGCGAUGCUUUGUGGAAACCAACCCCGCAUGACUACGUUUGUGUGCGAGCUAAGGAAAUCUUCAUGUUCGAACCGAACAUAAAUAAGAAGUUGCGAAUUGCACCACGUCGCGUGAAAAGUAUGUCAAUGCCGUUCGAGUUUCCAAAAAAUCCAUUGGAACGCGAUAGCGAAGAUGACAAAGAACCACUGUAUUUUGGACUUAACAGCGUACUCUUCUUAAGAAGCACCGUUCAUCCUUGGACCCGUCAUGUCAGUCAAAAAACAAAUUAUACUUAUGUUUUUAAUCGGGAUACAGGAUUGAAAGAGUAUGACAACCGUAGACCGCAAGCUGCUGAAGCGAAUUUCAAACAAGCAUUCGAGGGACGUGUUAUUUGGCACUGGCCACAGGACAAUGCAUUGAAUUUGGACACGUUGCUUCAAAUGCUCAGGCCAAAUCUCAGCAAUCAUGAAAAGUUUAAUUUGUAAUUUGAAUUAUCUGAGUAUUUAAUGUAAAUACAUUAGGAUCUUGUUUCUUUAUCUCGAUUUUUUUCGAGAAGUUUAUAUCCAAUUUAGGUUUGCAAAGUAAUUUGCAAAGUAUGGAUAAUUUAUGACAGGACAGCAUAAUUUAUGACAAAACGGAAUAACUUAUUGGAACGGAUGACUUAUUGCAUCGCAUCUUAUCUAUAUUUUAUAGAAAGCGGUCGUGAUAUAUCUCAAUGUAUAUAUUUUUUUAUAUAUUAUACGAAGAUAAUAUGAACCUGUUAGUUAUUAUAUAACUAUAAUAGUCAUUAAGAAUAUAUUUUUAUUAUAGCAACGUUUAAAUUUGUAUUUUUUUAUUCUCCAAAAUCAUGGUUAAUACAUUUCCCACACUAUAUCUGUUUAGACAUGUCUGUACAUAUCCUAUAUCCUAUAAAAAUAUAAAGGUAGGUUCUGCCCGAGGUUUCUACCGACCUUCGAUCUCUCAAUGAACAUUAGUAAAAUAAAUAUAUAAUGCGAAUAAUUCAAUAAUCUAUUAUAGAAAAAAAUAUAAUAAGAUACAUAAGAUAUAUAGUCAAAAGAAAAUUAAGAAAAAGAAAGAAUUUUAACAUAUAGCGGUACUUGG